AUGACCGACCCUCUUUCUGCAGCCAGCGGUGCAAUCGGAAUCAUCUCCUUCGGCCUUCAGAUAGCUCAAACUUUGGUCAAGUACUGCUCAGAAUGCAAAGAUUUCAAUAAAGAUAUUACUUUGUUCAAGUCCAAAGCUGAAAGUCUCAGCCUUAUUCUUCAACAACUUGACAACAAGCUGCGGCCAUAUGAAUCGAAAAACGGAUCUCUUCCUACGUCUGUCGUUAAUGUGAUUCGAAAUUGCGAAUCGAGUUUGCAAACUCUAGACGAGGAACUAGAGAAACAUGGCAAGAACACUGUCUUCAAACGACUCGCAUAUCCUUUUGUCAAGGGUUCUUUGACAACUAAAAAUACAAUGUUGGAUAGCUUACAGAACAAUCUCACCGUUGCCCUUCAAUUAUUCAACGUGGAUACCAAUCAGCGAGUCGUUGAGUUGUCGCAAACGUUCUUGAAUCACUAUUCCACAAUUAUGCAGACAUUCGAUAGUCAGACUAAAAUCGUUGCAGUGAAUAACAACGAGAUGCAUUUGAAGCUUGAUCAAAUAAUUCAACAGAAAACGUUAGAGCCAGAAGGCUCCAUGGAGCUUAAGCCAUUACGAGACGAUCCCUUCAUUGCCAAUUCUAGAAGAGGAUUUCGAAAUAAACUUGCUCAUCCCUUCAUAGCAUUGGAAGAUUGUGCCGGCGCCAAUGAUGUCACUGUUGAUGGACGGACACUAUUUUCUGUAAGUCCCCAACUGAUUAUAUUGACUACCAAGUUGACUCGUAAGGCCGUAACAGAUUAUCUGUAUCAAACGAUAUUGAAGUACAUUCGCCAUUACUACCGGGAGAUCGAGGAUGAUCUUGAAGGACUCAGUGAACCAAAGAUUUUUGUCGAGCUUCGAAAGGUUUUGCAGCUUUUAGCUGGUCUGUAUCGGAAUGUCAUAAGCUUAUUCAAAUCUGCCGGGUGUACCUUUGAAACUUGUCGACAUCAUGAAGGGCGUAACAUAUUUUCGAUUAUUUUUGACGGGCAAUUUCCAGCAGGAAUCGACAUCAAUGAGUUCCAUGAUAUUGCGGAGAGUCUUUGUGAUCUUGGCGUUCAGAUUGACUUCGACAUGCUUGGCUCUGCUAAGUCUGAGGAUUUCUCGCAACGCAACAUUGAGCAUUUCAUAUCUAAGACUCAACGAAUAGACACACUCGGCGUUCCGGAAAUUUUCGUCACUAUCCUGAUGAGAUCAGAAGAUGAAUUGGAAAGGAUUUUAGGCCUCAACCCCAAUGCGGUAAAUACCGUCCUUCCUAGGGGGGGAUGUACCCCGUUGCACGUUUCUCAUGCGUGGCCCCGGGGUGUUCAACUACUGCUGGAAGCUGGGGCGGAUGCUAACAAGCUAAACUACAACUGUUAUCCGCCAAUAGCCUACACAAUUCGAGCAAAAUGUAUAGAUUCAAUACGGAUCCUUCUCGCACAUGAUAGCGCUCUUGGGCACAAAUCGUUUCCCAUUUUCCCCUUCCCUAAGCUAUAUAAGGAAUUGGAUAUCCUGAAAAUCGUAUGCUGGGAUCUCGCAAACAGAAGGCAGCGCCUUUAUGAACUUGCAAUGUCCAUGCCUCAAGAAAUACGUACGGAUAUUUCUAUCUACCUCAAAGAUGAUCGAAUUCUUGAUGCCUAUGCUUGGAAUGUAACCCAAUUUCUCCUCGACUUUGGGAUUUCGGUCGAGCCUGCGCUUUUGCCCAGCCCGUGGAGAUCAAAUAAAACUGUUUACCACACAUUAUACAUGUCUGUAGAAGCAGCAGAGUAUCUAUACAGAGCUGGAUUCCUCGAUAUUGAUGUAUGUGACGAGAAGGGAUGGACGCCAUCUAUGUGGCUUUGUCACCGCGCUUCGAGAAGCAUCAGCCAAGAUGAUAUAGCUCUGAUAUCGUGGUACAUUUCUAAAGGUGUAGAAUCCACCAAACGCCACGGUCACUUUGAUCAAACUAUGUCGCAUCAUAUUGCGAGGAAGCUCGGUUACUGUAUAGCAGUUUCUGAUCCCUCGUGGUUUCUUCCGGACUCGUACAUUUCUACACUAAAAAGCUUCUUGCUUGAGAAAGUUGACGACAAUUGUACAUGUGCCUGUUCACAAAACGGAUGCCUCCCAAUCACAUGUUCUUUAAAAACGCCAGAAUCUCGUAACUCAAUAGAUUUGGGUAGGCGCACAUUUGAAAGGAGACCAGUGUUCAUAAUAGCUUGGGAGAUAAGCUGGUACUUGGAAGAUGAGGUAAAAUAUAGUCCAUGGAUAUCGGAGAGUUUCUUCCGCGUCUUAACCUUUGAAUGGCUUGAUCUCACUCACACAUGUAACUGCAAAGACUUUGAAGUGUAUCACUCGGAUGAACUCCUCAGUAUCGACGAAAUAACAGAAAUCCAAGAAGAAGCCACUACAAUCGAACAACUUGAAGAACUGGUUGCAGAAUUCCAGGAAAGUUUCCAGACUUUCGGCGGCUCUUUCAAUGCUUUCCUUAAAACGCAAUGGUUGCCGAGAAUCUGCGAAUUUUUCGAUCAAAACGACGAGGAAUUGGAUGAGGAAAGCAUGCAGAAGAUCAGAGAUAUUGGUGUUAUUAUGGAUGAUGAAAUAGCUUAA